GGUCCUGAUGGUCUGCUUGGGCGCAGCCUCCACUGGGAAUGUACUCGUAUGGCCGGCAGACCACAGCCACUGGAUCAACCUGAAAGUGAUCAUGAAAGAGCUCACAGCCAGGGGCCACCACAUAACUGUGCUGUGGCCUUCGUUCUUCCACAAAACCGACUCCAGCCGACUUCCCUCUUUCCACCUGGAAGAGGUCACGGUUCCAUUCCCCACAGCAGAGAUGGAUGCUUUGCUGAGGGAGUUCUUAUACUUGUCAAUGUAUGAGAAGCCUGAAAUUUCUCUAUGGGAGUUUUCCUUCAGGUUUUAUCACUUGAUUAUGGACCUGUUCUCCAGGAACAAAAUCCUCUGUGACAUGGUCGUUUUGAAUGAAGAGCGAAUGAAGAAGCUGCAGCUGGCCGGCUUCGACCUUCUCAUUGCAGACCCACUCAUGCCUUGCGGCGAACUGGUGGCCGAGAAGCUUCAGAUUCCAUUCGUGUAUUCCUUCCGAUUUUCUGCAGGAAAUACGCUGGAGCGUCUCUGUGGGGCCCUUCCAGCCCCUCCGUCGUAUGUGCCAGCAAGCACCUCUGAGCUAACAGACAGGAUGUCCUACACAGAGAGGAUGAAAAACCUGCUCUUUUAUAGCUUACAUGACUUCAUUUUCCAUCAAUUUAUCUUGAGAGAUUGGAACCAGUAUUACAGUGAUGUCUUAGGGAGGCCCACGACACUGUGUGAAACAAUGGGGAAAGCUGAGAUGUGGCUGAUCCGAACCUACUGGGACUUUGAAUUCCCUCGGCCUUUCCUCCCCAACUUUGAAUUUGUCGGUGGUCUGCACUGCCAGCCAGCCAAGCCUUUGCCUGAGGAAAUGGAAGAAUUUGUCCAGAGCUCAGGGGAUCAUGGCAUUGUGGUCUUCUCUCUUGGGUCAAUGGUUCAGAAUUUAACAGAUGAAAAGAGUAACAUGGUUGCCUUGGCACUCAGCCAAAUUCCACAAAAGGUCGUUUGGCGGUACAAAGGGAAAAGGCCAGACACACUGGGAUCGAACACCAGGCUUUAUGACUGGAUACCACAAAAUGACCUGCUCGGACACCCCAAGACCAAAGCCUUUAUAACACAUGGUGGAACAAAUGGGAUCUAUGAAGCUAUUUACCAUGGGAUUCCCAUGGUUGGUAUCCCCCUGUUUGCUGACCAACCUGAUAACAUUGCCCAUAUGAGAGCAAAGGGAAUGGCUGUGGAGCUGAACUUCCAUACAAUGACAGCUCAAGAUUUGGUGGAGGCUGUGAACGCUGUCAUUCACAAUUCUAUGUACAAAGAAAAUGCAGUCAGGCUGUCUCAAAUUCACCAUGACCAACCCGUAAAGCCCCUGGACCGAGCUGUCUUUUGGAUUGAGUUUGUCAUGCGCCACAAAAACGCCAAGCACUUGAGACCAGCUGCCCAUCACUUGACCUGGUACCAGUAUCACUGCCUGGAUAUCUUGGCAUUCUUGACUGUUUGCACUGCAGUGUUCAUCUUCAGUGCUGUGAAAUGUUGCAUGUUUUGUUGCCGGAAAUGUGGUAGGGUGAUUAAGAAAAGAAAGACAGAGUAAUUGGCAGAGGGGUUCAA